GCAUGUGCCAUGUGGGUUUGAUAUUGCGAAAGCCAGCCAUGUGGUAUACGACUAGUGGGGGUAGAAUGCGUACUGAGAGUGUUGUGCGAGGAUGGCAUGGCUGGUAAACGCAUGUUGAACGUGUAAAAGCCAGGCACGGUUAAGUAGAUACCUAGGUAUCUUCAGUAUGACAACUAAGACUAUUGCAGUUGAAACAGGUAACAAUGCAACGGCACUGCCGUUCCGUUAUCAGUUCGCUGCUGGGGCUGUUGCUGGGAUAUCAGAGAUUUUGGUAAUGUACCCGCUUGAUGUAGUCAAGACACGGAUCCAACUUCAGCAUGGCAAAGUCAUUGAUGGUGAAGGGUACAAUGGUGUCUUGGACUGCUUCAAAAAGAUUAUCAGGAAUGAGGGUGUGUUGAGAUUAUAUCGCGGUAUUACUGCGCCUAUAUUGAUGGAGGUACCCAAGCGUGCUAUCAAGUUCUCGGCGAACGAUACUUUCACACAGUUUUAUCAACACCUGUUCUCUACUCCGACAGUAACCCAACCUCUCGCAAUCCUCACAGGUGCCAGCGCCGGCGCAACAGAAUCCCUCGUAGUUGUUCCUUUCGAGCUACUCAAGAUUCGACUACAAGAUAAGACCUCUGCAUCACGAUAUAACGGCCUCCUCGACUGUCUCGUCAAAGUAGUUCGCCAAGAGGGGCUAUUGGCACUAUACAACGGUUUCGAAGCCACGUUAUGGCGGCACAUUGUAUGGAACGCCGGGUAUUUUGGCUGCAUUUUCCAAGUGCGGGCUCAGCUACCCGCUCCAGCGACAUCGAGCAACCCGAGAAGACAGAAAAUGGGGAACGAUCUCAUCGCCGGGUUUGUGGGAGGUGUUGUGGGAACGACAUUUAACACCCCGUUAGAUGUAGUCAAGAGUCGAAUACAGAGCGUCGCUAAAACACCUGGUGUAAGGCAGAAGUACGCUUGGGCGUGGCCGAGUCUGGAGGUCGUUGCAAGAGAAGAAGGGUUCAGAGCGUUAUACAAGGGAUAUGUGGCGAAAAUACUUAGAUUUGGACCAGGUGGAGGUGUAUUGCUAGUCGUGUAUUCUGCAGUGUUGGAUAUGUUCGCGAAAACAGCAUAAGCAUCGCUUGAAUUGAAGGAACGAUUGCUUAAACGCUGAUACAAAGAAAUAUCGGCUUCAUGUAGUUGGCCUGGCCCUCGUAGCUCAAAUAUCUGUGCCAGA